AAUGGUAAGAAUGACAUCCAUUUACAGACCAAAAUACCCUCGUUAAAGCGCGAAGAAAGAUAUAGUUGCUUAGCAGCACCCUGAGUACAUAACUGCAAAAGCUCCUCCUUCGUGUGGGGCUUGAAGAGCAAAUCUGGAAACGGCGACCGGGAAGUGGUUUUGCAUGUUCGAAAUGAGCACACUCUUCCUCUGUGUGGUUUGAAACCGAAACGUCACUAAUCUGCAACCAUGAAGCUUGAUACCAGUGGUCUCGAAUCGUUUCCUACACUGAUUGUUCCUUGUAACAAAUUGAGAAUUAGUCAAUUGAAGCAGGAAGAGGAAAACAAUGGGUAGCAGAGAGAAGGGGCACACAGUCGUAGAAGUUGGAGCUGAUGGGGUAGCCAUCAUCAACCCUCCUGUGAAUUCCCCCUCCUUUGAUGUAUUCCACAAUUUAAAGGAGAGUUAUGAUCAGUCUUUACAGAGAGAAGAUGUCAAGGCAAUUGUUGUUACAGUUCAUCCCAUCACAACUGUACAAAUAGAGUGGUCCCUCUGGACUCGUGAUGUUGAGGAGGAGAUAGUUCCUCUCUGUCGGGAGCUUGGUAUUGGAGUUGUACCAUAUAGUCCUCUUGGUCGUGGCUUUUUUGGCGGCAAAGGAGUUGUGGAAAAUGUGCCUGCAGUUAGCUCCCUGACUGCACAUCCCGGCUUCCAAGCAGAGAACUUGGACAAGAACAAGAGUAUAUAUGAUCGGAUUGAAAGCCUAGCUAAGAAGCAUCAGGCCACUCCUGCUCAGUUGGCAUUAACAUGGGUACUCCAACAAGGGGAGGAUGUUGUACCUAUCCCUAAUACAACUAAUAGAGCUAGCAUUUUCUGUGUAUUUCUAAAAUGCUGAUGACCUCCCUACACCUGAUAAGGUGGCACAGUUAGUUCAACUUCACAAAAUCAAAUAUGUGAGGAUUUAUGAUUCUAACAUACAGGUUCUGAAAACACUGGAGGUGAACUUAUGAUCUAUGAUUCCAAAUUUAGAUUUGCUGCCAUAACACGUAAACUGUGUGGGAGCUGAUGAAAAGCUAAGCAGAAAGUGACUGAUAGGAAUGUACAAGUUCAUAGUUGAGCUGUAGCAGUUAAGCUUCUGAAAUUACAUGACCAUCAUGGUGGCUUUCAGUUCUGCCAUUGGGUCUUGAGAUGAUUUCUCGCCUACACCGUAGCUUGCUACUAACAACUACCAUCUGAUGGCAUCAGUUGACAUAGCGUGGUGAUACUGAAAUAAAAUAAAAUAGCCAUGUUUUACUUAUGUUUACAUUGUUUUAGACAAGGCCAUCCAAUUUGUCUUGUAAUUAUGUGUAGGAUAAUUUUUGUAUUUGAUUUAUGUAUUUUGAAAACGUUAUGUCUAAAUUAUAGGUGUACAU